UUUUAGGUUCUUCACACAACGAUUUGUACAGACAAAGAAGGUAGACAAAAGUUAGGCAUUAGUGGAUAAUUAUUCGCGAUUGAAUGCUAUUUUUUUUGUUCAAAAGAAGGCCUUUAAAUCUGUAAAUUAUGAUUAAUUUUCAUAUGCCUGUUUUUCUUUUCCUUUUUUGUGUUUUUUUGCAAAAAACCGAAAUUCUCGAUGCUCAAACUGCGGACAUAUGCUUCACUCCUGAAUGCACAUUUGUCGAUUUCAUACUUUCGGAGUAUAUGGACCCCACGGUAUCACCAUGCGAAGAUUUUCACAAGUUUGUCUGUGGUACUUUUUUAAAUAAAACAAUCAUUCCGAAAGACAAGCUCUCGGUCAGCAGAUACGAUAUUGUGUCCGACAAAAUUACGGAGCAAUUAAAAGCUAUCCUUGAAGAAGAAACUCAACCCAAUGAACCAAGAUGGAUUACAGUUGCGAAAAAUUAUUAUAGUUCUUGCACGAACACAGAUGAGAUUGAAAAAAAUGGUCUUCGUGGAGUAUUCGGUGACUUAAAACAAUUCGGUGGUUGGCCUGUCCUGGAAAAGUCGUGGAAUGCGUCAAAUUUCGAAUGGAAAAAUUCCACUUAUAAUAUGCAGAAACUCGGAUAUGGAGCAAGUUACUUCUUCAAUUUCCAUGUUAUAACUGACCCCUUAAACAGCAAAAAACGUGUUAUUAAUAUCGACCAACCAACCUUCACUAUUGGUCGUGAAUCUUUAGUAAAAGGACUCAAUGACUCGAUGGUCAUUGCUUACUUUGAUUAUAUGGUUGACAUAGCAGUCCUUUUUGGUGCUGACAGAAAGAAUGCCAGAGAAGAAUUGAAGGAAUCCCUCAAUUUUGAAAUAAAUCUGGCUAUGAUCUCCCAAAGUGAAGGUGAUGGAAGCAAUACAAAUCCUCUUAAUAAACGAAUGACAGUGAAAAGUCUAUCUGAAAAGCAUAAUACCAUUCCCUGGAAGGAAUACUUCAACAAAUUGUACUCAGUAAUUGAAUCCAAGAUCGUCAUUAGCGACGAUGAACCAAUAGAGGUGGGCUCGACUACUUUUUUUAAAAAUUUUGAAAACCUGAUAAUGAAUACACCAAAAAGGGUGCAGGCUAAUUACCAAAUAUGGAAAGCAGUUAAGGAUAAUUUAAAUUUUUUAACUGAAAAAAUUCUGAUACGCCAUUUGGAGUUCACAAAUAUGCUAUAUGGUGAAAAUAUAGUACCAGAUAGACGGCAGCACUGCCUCGAUGAGACACUUGUGACUUACCUACGAUGGAGUGUUGGUGCCCUAUAUGUCAGGAAGCACUUCAAUCCAGAAUCGAAGAAAAGUGCAGAAGAAUUAGUACUUGCUAUUGAAAGGCAGUUUAAGAAAAUGAUAUUAGAGGCUGAAUGGAUGGACGAAAUAACGAGACAAAAUGCUUUAAAGAGACUUGCAUCUAUGAAAAAUUUUAUUGGAUGUCCAAAGGAAUAUUUCGAUGACAAUAUUCUUAACGAAUUCUAUGAGAAGGCGGAAGCAUCUCCCACAGAUUUCUUUGCAGCAGCAUCAAGCAUUGCUAUUUUCUGUUAUAACUAUGAUUUUAAUAAAUUAAGGAAGCGUGUAAACACGGCACACUGGACCCUUCAUGGCGAAAGUUAUAACACAGGCGCUGAAUUUUCUUUGGAUGGAAACGGCCCUGAUGUCGCUGCUGGAAUCCUACGGGACAUUUUCUUCAAGAGGCAUGCGUUAAAUUACAUGAACUUCGCUAGCAUUGGCUCUUUUAAUAUAGGAUAUAUCGUGGCUUAUUUGUUUACUGAUAUUGAUGCCUAUAUGACUCAAGAAACAGAAAAAAUAUAUCUUGCGAAAGCUGAUUGCUUUAUUAAGCAGUACGGAAGUUAUACUGUUGAAGAAGUCGGCCUUAAGAUAAAUGGUACCUCAACGCAAAUAAGCAACAUUCUCGACAACACAGGACUAAAAGCAGCAUACCUAGCCUAUCAAGAGUGGGCAGAACGCAACCUACCCGAACCCAAAUUACGUGGAUUAACAGAUUAUUCAAUACCACAGAUUUUCUGGAUUCUUGCAGCUCUCCAACAAUGUGAAAAAUACGAAUUAGAAUAUUUGAAGGAAAUCGUUCAAACAGGUGAUUAUAGUCCAUCAGGAUUCAGAAUCAUAGGUACAGUGUCUAACAGUCCAGAAUUUGCAAGAGACUUCCAUUGUCCGCCUUGUUCCAAAAUGAAUCCAUCCAAUAAGUGUUCCGUAUGGUGAACCAUUAUUCGAAAUAAAUAUUUCACUGUUGAAUGACUUUUGAAAUUUACUAUAUAUGUUCAAUUUACUUUUAUUCUGAAUUAGAAUUUUUUAAAUAAUCUUUGCACACACUGCCGCUUAACUGUUUGGCACUAAAUAAUGUAUACUUGAAUAUUUAAAAUAAUUAAGAAUAUACUAAUUGUAUGAUUAUGUAUGUCAGUUAAGGGCAUAGAAAAUAAAAUUUCUUGACGCCAAUAA